AUGUUCCGAAUGGGUUCCCAAGCUCGAGGUAGUGCGAAUAUCGCUGCCUUCCUCACUCGCAAUCAUUGCCCUGUCACUUUUACUCGCUCUGUUCACAACGUCAAGCUAGUAGGACUCCACAAUCAGCUGUUCCAGCCAGCUCCAGAGAUACUAAGAUUGCAUGGUCUUAGACUUCAUGGUCCCACUACCAAGAUAGUAGCAAAUCCUGCACAUAAAGAGCCGGCAAGGGCAAUCGCUUUGGAGACUAAUCGCUAUCCAAACUUGGCCAAAACUUCCAAAACAAUCAACACACCAACAAUUUUUAUGGCUUCUGCCACAGCUCUAAUCACUGAAUCGCCGGAGGAGACACCCCUCCUGAGCAAAGCAACCUUUGGCGAGCUCAUCACCGCGCUCGGUGAUGCUACCGAAUCUUUAACAUGGAUUCAUAGCGGCCGUCCUAACAAGAACAUCGAAUUACCCCCAGACAGCGAAAACACAAUAGAUGAAAGUGAAGAGGUCCUUUGA